ACACGGACCAAGUCACGAAGCGAAGAUCCCCUCUUCUGAAUUUAACACCCUCCCAAACGAUCUUUGCUCAAGCAUGGUACAGAUUUGGGGCAACAUCAGCAGGGAUGGAUCUCGAUGCUUUAUGACUGGCCUUGUAAUGGUUAGGAUACAGCCAUUUGCCAAGUGACAUGGGACACACUAAUAUCAGCCUUGGUACAUUUGUGGGCAGCUGGAUCCAGUACUGACGCCGACACUGAUCUUUGGCACGCAAUGCCAGUACUAAACCAUUCUAACCCUGCCAUUGUCCUUAAUGGCACCGACGUAGCACCUGAGAAGUGUUGGCUGGCACUGCUCACCCUUUUGGUCAUUGUGCCCACUAUUGGAGGCAAUAUCUUGGUCAUUUUGGCCAUCUCUCUGGAGAAGAAGCUGCAAAAUGCAACCAACUACUUCCUCAUGUCGCUGGCUGUGGCAGAUUUGCUGGUUGGGAUUUUUGUGAUGCCCAUCGCUCUUCUCACCGUCCUCUUCAGACCGGUGUGGCCGCUCCCCCAGUGCUUGUGUGCCAUCUGGUUAUUUUUGGACGUGCUGUUUUCCACAUCUUCCAUCAUGCAUUUGUGUGCCAUUUCACUGGAUCGCUACAUUGCCAUAAAGAAACCCAUCCAGGCCAGUCAGUUUAACUCCAGAGCAAAAACACUCAUCAAGAUUGCAGUGGUGUGGCUGGUAUCAGCGGGCAUUGCUGUUCCUAUUCCAAUCCAAGGUCUCCUUGAUCCAAACACAAUCUUCACUACAAACAAGACCUGUGAGGUUCGAACAGAACACUUCAAGUAUUUUAUCAUCUACGGAUCUAUGGCUGCUUUCUUUGUCCCAUUUGGCAUCAUGGUGGUUAUUUAUUUCCUGACCAUUCACUUACUUAGAAAGAAGGCCUAUCUUAUUAAGAACAAGCCACCUCAGCGUCUAAACUGGUCUACAGUGUCUACAGUAUUUCAGAGGGAUGUGACUCCAGGAUCUUCACCAGAGAAGAUGGCCAUGCUGGAGAGGAAAGACAGGGUCAUGACUGUCAACAGCGACGAAUUUCCCAUUCGCAGACUAUCCAGCGCGGGGAAAAAAUCCAUGCAAACAAUCACCAAUGAACAAAGGGCUUCAAAAGUCUUGGGUAUAGUUUUCUUUCUUUUUGUAUUCAUGUGGUGCCCGUUCUUCCUAACAAAUGUGGCUUCUGUGUUGUGUGACCCAGAUGACUGCGACCCCGAUGUAAUUAAGAUGCUCAUGGAGAUUUUUGUCUGGGUGGGUUACAUUUCCUCCGGUGUCAACCCACUGGUCUACACUCUUUUUAAUAAAACUUUCCGAGAUGCCUUUGGACGAUACAUCACCUGCAACUUCCGUGGAAUGCGAUCAGUGAAAAUCCUACGGAAUUGCUCUAGCCGCAUCUCAUUCAGGAACUCCAUGGCUGAGAAUUCUAAACUAAUCAUGAAACAUGGGAUGAGGAAUGGGAUUAAUCCGGGUAUGUACCAGAGUCCCCUGAGACUAUGCAAUUCUCAGAUGGAAUCCUCGGCUAUCUUGCUUGAUACAUUACUACUGACUGAAAACGAAGCUGGGAAAACCGAAGAGCAAGUCAGCUAUGUGUAAGGCGUGUACAAGAGACCUUAUUAACAGGUGCAAGCUGUAAUGGCCAACAUAAUCUGCAGUGUUUAAACAUAAUUUAUAAAUAUUCAAAAAUGUUGGCCAAAGAAUAACUUGUACAGCAAUGAGCCUUCUAGGCUCCAUUUCAAAUAGCAAAAGUCUGACUUGUCAGGCAAGGUCAUGUAUGAGAGGACUGAUUGUGAUUAUUCUACAAUGCACUGGCACCUGCUCAACACCUGAAAGACCUUAACUGGCUGAAAGCAAAUGGAUUACUGUGGUUGAAAAGCGGAUAUUGUAGCUGGAAGGCCGUAGGCAGAGGUUGUGAAAAGGAAGAUUGUCACAGUAGUCAUAAAAAGAUGCUGAUAGUAGAAGAAUCAGCAUCCGUUAAACGAAGAUGACUAUUUUAGGGUGGUGCACUGCAUCUACCAGAACAUUUGUUUCUGCUUUAGAAGCUUUGGAAGGGCUAGUCUACGGGACAGCACCACAAACUGAUCUCAGGACUGCCUAAUUUGUUACUGCCUCUAGAAUCUGCACUUGAUUAAUCAUAAAAAGUUUGUGUAUGAAUCUAAACAGGGUUUAAACCUUCAUGUCCUGUCCAUGCGCGCACACUGAUUGGUCGGAUACGGUGACUGCACAGUCAGGAUGUGACAGCACUGGGUCACUUUGGCAGGCCUUGCCUGCUUACUUUGUUGUGGUUGUUUUUGUUGGUUUCUACAGACUGACAGACAAUAAACCUACGUAUGUUUUAAAGUCAAACCA